UAACUUCUGUGCUAUGAUCCCAAACUCUUAAAGUUUCAGUGUGGAAACCAUCUCUCUCAUCUGACAGACUUGACAGGAGCUCUCAGAGAGGGCAGGGUUUCAAGGGGAAAUGUCUGGAUUCCUUUCAGACCUGGUCCAAUACCGGAAGCUGUUGCUAAUGACUGUGGUGCUGGGAAUUGGUGGAACUCACCUCUCUGGUUUUCAGAUGUCUGUGAUCAAUUAUACUUCUCCGUACAUUCAGAAGUUUAUCAAUGAAACGUGGCUGGAGCGAUACGGUUCUGUGCUGCACCAGGAGACCCUCACCUUGCUGUGGUCCGUCAUUGUGUCCCUGUACUGCGUGGGUGGGAUGAUGGGGUGUCUGUGCAGUGGCUACCUGACUGCAAAAUUUGGAAAGAAGAAAAGUCUGUUGCUCAACGAUGUGAUCCUAAUAAUAGCCACGCUGCACACGGGCCUCAGCAGGACAGCCAAGUCCUUUGAGAUGAUCCUGGUUGGGCGCUUCCUUGAGGGCAUCGGUGCCGGAAUACAUCUAAAUACCCAUGUUCAGUAUGCUGGAGAGAUCUCACCCAAGAAGCUGCGUGGAUUUAUAAAUGUGACCUCCUCGGUGUUUUUUGCACUGGGAAAAACUGUAGCAAGAAUUCUUGGAUUACGAGAUCUUUUAGGAACUGAAGACACAUGGAAUGUGCUAUUGUCCUUCUCUGGGUUGGUGGCAUUGAUUCAACUGCUCUUUUUACCAUUCUUUCCUGAGUCCCCUCCCUAUCUCUUGCUGCAGAAAGGAGACAAAGCAGGAUGCUUGAAAGCCAUGAAGCAACUCUGGGGAGAAGGGAGCUAUCACACAGAAUUUGAGGACUUGAUGAAGGAAAAGGCUAUAACAAAAGGCACCAAAAUCAUGAAUGUGCUAGAGGUGCUGAGAGAACCAUCCGUGUACCCGCAGCUGAUUACCAUGCUCCUCCUUCUACUGAGUCUACAGCUCUGUGGCCUGAGUGCAAUCACCUUUUACACCUCAGAGAUUUUUCAGACUGCCAACCUGCAGGAAAGCAUAAUCCCAUAUGUAUCUCUAGGAGUUUCGAUCUCUGAACUCAUCUCUGUCAUAUUCUGUAGCUCCAUAAUAGACCGGUUUGGACGCCGAAUGCUCCUGUGUGGUGGUUAUUUGCUGAUGGCACUGAUACUGGUGUUGCUUGAAACAAGCCUCCUGCUGAGUGAUCAGUUCCUCUGGAUGCGUUACUGCAGUGUUGUUCUCAUCUUUUUAUUCAUCAUUGCUUAUGGAAUAGGACCAGCUGGAGCCGCCUCAUCUGUUAAUAAUGAAAUCUUCACCCUCUCAACAAGAGCCUCCGCUUUUGUCAUUGGUGGAAUGGUCAUCUGGCUGGGCCUCACUUUCACUGGAAUGAUUUUCCCCUUUGCUGUAAUGCUUCUUGGUCCUUUUUGCUUCCUCAUCUUCAUCGCUGUCCUGAUCAUUUCAGCGGUUCUUAUCUACAUAUUCCUCCCAGAAACAAAGGGAAAGUCAAUCUCUGAAAUCACAGAAGAAUUCAAAACACGCCAGUUUAAGAAGAAACGUCAUCAGGCUGUGGAGGUGAAUGCUACUGAAGAAAAGUCAUUCUGCACCAAGCUCUGAUAAGCUACCAUCAGUAACUUCCACUGACAAAAAGUCUUGUCUCAAAAUCGAACUGAAAACUGAACAUUAAGAUGGACUUUUCUCAAUGAAAUGCAACCCAAAAAGCAAUCCAGAGAUAACUUGUCAUGAAUCAAAGUAGUCCUGGUUUAUAUUCAUCUUUGCUUUUCAUGGUGAGAGUCAAUGGCUCAUUCCUAGAGCGACUGCAACAGGAAAACAAUCGCAAUGACAGACAUUUCUAAGAACUGCCGCAUGGAGAACACUUUCAGGCAUAACAACACAACAGUUGUAUUUCAAAUCUUUCUGCAUUGCUGUCAUUUUCAAGCAGCAAGACUUAUCUUUAUGUUUGUUACUUUAUAAGAAAAUUCUGCUCAAGAUUAAGAGCAGGAUGAAGAAAGGAUUAAACACAGACAUAGUUCUUGCAAACAAUGUUCAUGUCAUCUCAUGUCACUAUGAUAUCACACUGUUAAGGACCUAGUAUUGAUUGUGAACACUGCACAUGAACAAAUACCAAGUAGGACAAAGGGAGCUUGUAUUUCCUUGAGCUGACAUCAAGUAACUGUAUGUCCUGAUUGUCUCUAUAAUGACUGUCAGGGAUCAGCCUCAAACCCUGGGCAAUUGGUGCAGAAAACUCUCACUUGCCUUCUCUGGAGCAAACUGGCUGCACUCUCUGUGCAUAUCAGUGGCAACAAAAUCAGGAGGAAGUUUUUGUAAUGUAUUCUGGUGCCUCAUGGAUGGCACAAGCGUUAAUAAACAUACAGGCAGUGCUGAGAGAGCUGGAGGACCAGAGUCCUGGAAAGAGGGAGUAAGAGCCUUUGAGAGAGUACUGAGAAAGUAGAGACUUUGAAAAAUCAGCCCAUUUUAUACAUGAUUAACUGAUU